CCUGGGCAGCCCAUGCCAAUGCAUUGCCACUCUUUCUGAGAACAGAUUCUUCCUAAUAUCCAACCUGAAACUCCCCUGGGCAACUUGAGUCCGUGACCUCUUGUCCUGUCCCAUUACCUCUUGUCUUGUGGCUGCUGGUAUCAGUGGGACAACUUCUGCUGUUUAUAAUAGAAUAAUUAUCUGAUUUCAAAAGUAUUCUCAUGGAUUCGUAUUUGGGGAAGGUGCUAAUGCUUAGAGAAAGAAGAAUGGCAGAACUGUGCUUAACUAUGCUGUAAAACUAAAGCACGAAUGCCUGGAUCUCUGCAUUGGGCAAUGGAGAAGCACAAGCUCUCUGAGCAAAAGAGCUCUUGCUAUCUUUGGAUCCAUCCACUGCAAGAGCAGAUCUCGUCAGGUUAGCCUCCCCUAGGCUUGGCACUGGCACAACUGUUGUUGGAAUGAUUUGUCUGCUUUCUGGCGUCCUUGUUUUAAGAGGAUGUUGACAAAUUGGAAAGAGCUAAAAGAGCCACGAGGGUGGUUAAAAGAUUGGCAAAUGUGCCUGGCCAAGGAGGCAGCCAGGCUCCUAGCUCUGCUGUUCUAUUUUUUCCUUUAAGUGGAGGUUAAAGGGGGAUUUAGCAUCUCCAGGUACCCGUGUGAAGAAUGCCAGCAGACAGCUCUGAAGGCUGUCAGACAGAGGAGCAGCACCAGUGGCUGGGAGCCAAAGCCUGACCCGUGGCUGGAAGGUAGAACAGCUUUAAAUAGGAAGGGCAGUUUAACUGUUUGGAUAUUUUAUGUGAGUCCUGUUUUGUUUGUCCACCUCUAGAAACGUGUACGUUGAUACAUAAAUAAACAUCACACGUACAACUUCUCUGCCCAGAGAUGUUAUGGAUGCCCCAUCCAUGGAGGUACUCAAGGGCAGGUUGGAUGGGGCCAUGAACAACAUCAUCUGGUGCCCGUUGUAGUGGUUGAUAACACUGUCUGCAUCAAGGGUUGGAACUCACUGAAGUCCCUUCCAACCCUUCCAAGCCAUUCUGUGACUCCAUAAUUCUUCAAUUCUGUGGUUCUUUGAAAAUGGGGAUUUUUUUCUUCCAGAUAACCAUAAGCUAUGCAGUGGUAGUGGUUCCCUCCCCAUCACCUCUAUCUGCAACUCAUGCACGCUCUUCAGCUUCUGUUAUUCAUUGGUGCCCAAAGAUCUCAGCUGUCUGAGCCACGUUUGAAGUAUUUUGAUGCCCAGUUGCAGUCAGUAAGACAAUCUCUGCUGUGGGGAGCUCAAAAAAUAAAGCAGGCCAUCAUCCAUCCCGACACAAACGAGACCAUCUUCAUGCCUUUCAGAAUGUCAGGUUACAUUCCCUUUGGAACACCCAUCUUCUCCAGGCUGCACCUUGCUGCCUUGCUGCAGAUUCACACCAGCUUCACGCCUUCCCCAUCAUCUACCUGUACCAUGUGUGCCCCGGGCCGGCCGUCCAUCCAGCAGCAUCCUCCUGCUGCUUUCUGCAACAUCCUCAGCCUUGUGUUUCCAGCAGGGAAAGGGAAGACUGGGAGGAGCUCACUGCCUUCUGCAGCUCAUGGAUCCGUCUUUGGGGGCAUUUAUGCCAUUUGCACGUUUUGCAAGUCACUUCCCAGCCGUGGCAAGCGCAGGGAGCUGGAGGCCAGCAUCUCAUUUCCUUGUCUUCAUUAAUUAAAACAGCAAGGGCUUAGUGCUGAGGGUGUUCUUCAUUUGUUACUGUGAAAUUUGUAAGCAUUUGGGUGCUGUUGACAGCCAAAGCCAGAAUGAAGAUAACUCUGCGUUCCUUGUCUUCAGAGCAGCAAAUAUUAAUUAACCCCAUUUUGUGAAUGGGGAAACUGGGGCGCAGGGCUUUGUCCAAAACCACACAAGCUGGUGCCUGAAGGCUGAGCAAAUCCAGCUCGGUCCUUCCACCUCCAGCUCUUCCCUCUCCCUACUGCAUCCACCUUAUUAUAACCGUGGAAAGAGCAAGUUGUGCCAGGGAGGGUCAGGUUGGAUAUUAGGAAAAAUUUCUUCUCUAAAAGAGUUGUCUGGCAUUGGAGCAGGCUACCCAG